CAGUAUGGGCUACUGGGAUCACUGGGCCCCUACUCCCUGGCUCCCAGUCCUCCCAGUAAGCCCCAGUUUGGGGGGGGACACGGGUGUUGCAGGGCCCCUGGGCAGCGCCCUCAGCACCCGCUUCGGUGCCCGCCCCGUGGCCAUGGCCGGGGGGCUCCUCUCGGGCCUGGGGCUCCUCCUGGGGGCCUUCGCCACCCACAUCACCCACCUCUACCUCAGCGUGGGGCUGCUGGCGGGCCUGGGCUGGGCCUUGGUCUUCACGCCCUCCUUGGGGACCGUGGGGCGCUACUUCCCCGCCCGGCGAGCGCUGGCCACCGGGCUAGUGGUUUCGGGGGCCAGCGUUUCGGGAUUGGCCCUGGGGCCACUGGUCCCUCUCCUCUUGGACACCUACGGUUGGCGGGGGGCCCUCCUGCUCUUGGCCGCCAUCUCCUUCAACUUGGUGGCCGCCGGCGCUCUUCUCCGCCCCCUCCCCGUCACCGAUCGACCCCCCGGGCUACCGAAAGGUGAAAUUGGGCUAGUCCGGCUACUACGACACGGUCCCUUCCUCCGUUACGCUUUGGCUUUCGUCUUGGUGGACGCCGGUUACUACGUCCCCUUCGUCCAUGGGGAAGCCCGGGCUCACGAAGUGGGGUGCGACGAGGAGAAGGCGGGGCUAGUGAUGGCCGCCAUGGCGGGGGUGGACGGGGGGGGCCGGUUGGUGGCCGGUUGGCUAGCGGGCCGGCCGGCCACCCCGUUGUUACGUCACCUCUUCGUUUGGGUGACGUUGACGGGGUUGACGUUGCUUCUUCUGCCCUUGGGGACCUCCUUUGGGGGGCUCCUGAGCUUGGCCUUGACCUACGGGUUCUGCGCCGGGGCCUUGGUCCCCCUCCAGUUCUCGGGGGUGGCCGAGGUGGUGGGGGCCGGGCCGUUGGUGGUCCACGCUAUGGGGCUCAUGCAGAUGUUCGAGAGCUUCGGGUCGCUGCUGGGGGCCCCUUUUGCCGGUCCCUUCCAACCUGGAAGAUUCUGUGAGGAGGGCAUGCGCCAAAGAAGACACGCCUAUCCCUGGAGCUCAUUAGCAUAG